AUGAGAGAAGGGAGGAACAGGGAGGAAGAGCAGAGAAGAAAGAAAGAGGAGAAGAGUGCGGAGGAAGAGGAAGACGGAUUAGAGAGAAAGAGGAGCGAAAGAGGAGAGAAAAGCAGGGCGGAGAAAGAAAGGAAAAAGGAGGAAGACGAGAAAGGGAAAGGGAAAGCGGCGGGAGAGCAGGAAAGGAAGGGGACACAGAGGGAGAAGGACGAAGAAGUGAAGGUAGAGAGGAAGAAGAGAGAGGAGUGGAAAGGGGGAGGAGGAGAGGGUCAGAGUAAGAAGGAGAAGAAGGAGGAGUAG